AUGUCGAGCGACAAUCCGAACGACUUCUAUUUGCGCUACUACGUUGGGCACAAGGGGAAGUUUGGGCACGAGUUCUUGGAGUUCGAGUUUCGCCCGGACGGCAAGAUGCGGUACGCGAACAACAGCCAGUACAAGAACGACACGCUGAUCCGCAAGGAAGCAUACGUGGGCAAAAUCGUGCUCGAUGAGCUUAAACGCAUCAUCGAUGACUCGGAAAUUAUGCAGGUACGGCCUGAAACACUUCUGCAGCAUCCUGUCGGAAUGGAUAGAAAGUCAGUAACGGAGUUCCACUUCUAUGAAAGGAGAAGGUAAUU